GGCCAAAAAUGCAAAACGGUUUAAAAAUGCCCUAUUUCGCGUUGAUCGUAAAUCAAUAUCCUAUCCCCACCAUCCAGAUUCUCCUUCUAUUUCCGUUUGCUCGCGGCUAGGAGAGGAUUGUCGUUUUUCCCGUUCUCUUGCUGCAGUUUCAGAGGCAAAACUCGUAAUCCGCCAUGGGUAAGGAAAAGAUCCAUAUUAACAUCGUCGUGAUUGGUCACGUCGAUUCCGGCAAGUCCACCUCGACUGGUCAUUUGAUUUACAAAUGCGGCGGUAUCGACAAACGUACCAUCGAGAAAUUCGAGAAGGAGGCCCAAGAAAUGGGCAAGGGCUCUUUCAAAUACGCCUGGGUUUUGGACAAGCUCAAGGCCGAGCGUGAGCGUGGUAUCACCAUCGACAUCGCGCUUUGGAAAUUCGAAACCUCGAAAUACUACGUUACUAUCAUUGACGCCCCCGGCCACAGGGAUUUCAUCAAGAACAUGAUCACGGGAACGUCGCAGGCCGAUUGUGCCGUCUUAAUCGUAGCCGCAGGCACUGGCGAAUUCGAGGCAGGGAUUUCGAAGAACGGCCAAACGCGCGAACACGCCCUUUUAGCGUUCACUUUGGGCGUGAAACAGCUCAUUGUUGGAGUGAAUAAGAUGGAUUCGACCGAACCACCCUAUUCCGAGGCGCGAUUCGAGGAAAUCAAGAAGGAAGUCUCGUCGUACAUCAAGAAGAUCGGGUAUAAUCCCGCAGCUGUGGCUUUUGUCCCCAUUUCGGGGUGGCAUGGGGAUAAUAUGCUCGAGCCCUCUGAUAAGAUGCCCUGGUUCAAGGGGUGGAGCGUCGAGAGGAAGGAAGGGAAGGCUGAAGGAAAGACGCUGAUCGAGGCGCUGGAUGCGAUCUUGCCGCCGUCAAGGCCCACCGAGAAACCUCUACGUCUUCCCCUUCAGGAUGUGUACAAGAUUGGUGGUAUUGGCACCGUGCCCGUGGGCCGAGUGGAGACGGGCGUGCUGAAGCCCGGCAUGGUGGUGACGUUCGCCCCCGUGGGCCUGACCACUGAAGUGAAGUCGGUGGAGAUGCACCACGAGGCUCUGCAGGAGGCGGUGCCCGGCGACAACGUCGGUUUCAACGUGAAGAACGUGUCCGUAAAGGAGCUGCGUCGCGGUUACGUGGCCGGAGACUCGAAGAACAAUCCACCCAAAGGAGCUGCCGACUUCACCGCUCAAGUCAUCGUCCUGAACCAUCCUGGCCAGAUCGCCAACGGAUACACUCCGGUAUUAGAUUGCCACACUGCUCAUAUCGCUUGCAAGUUUGCCGAAAUCAAGGAGAAGUGCGAUCGCCGUACGGGCAAGACGACUGAGGAGAAUCCGAAGUCGAUCAAGUCUGGUGACGCCGCCAUCGUCAACUUGGUGCCGUCUAAGCCACUCUGCGUCGAGUCGUUCCAAGAGUUUCCGCCCUUGGGACGUUUCGCUGUCCGCGAUAUGCGGCAAACUGUGGCCGUCGGCGUCAUCAAGUCUGUCAACUUUAAAGAUACUACUGGGAAAGUAACGAAGGCCGCCGAGAAGGCACAAAAGAAGAAAUAACUAGGCUUAGUUCAGUCUUCUGCCUCAGGCCCCAAGAAAAUCUUCAUCAGCAACUAUUAUUUAUUAUUCUCUAGGUGGCUACAGCAGAAUUAUUUUCAUCGCAAAGAGUUCAGAAGGAAAAACAUUUCCUUUCAUUCUCAUUUUAGGUUUUUAUUUAAUUGAACAACUGUAAUUUAUAAUUAUUUAUGCAGGAAAGGGCAUUUCUGAUAGAAUUUAAGUUUUGUUUCUAUUAUUUAUUGUUUUUUUUUUGUUAUUAUUGAUGAUGAUAGACUUGCAAUUGAUAUGUAAGCAGCUUCUGUAACAAAUACCCAAUAAAGAAGCUCAAGAUAA